CCUCUCAUUCCCGCCGUCUGGCUCAUCACCUCUCCUCCUCCUCCUCCUCCUCACCGUCGUCCUUCCGCCCUCCCUGCCGUGCUCGUGGUCUUCGCAUCUUCCCUCUCCGCAUUAUCCGGAGACGCGUCCAUCCUCUCCAACGUCUUACGUGCCACCUUUUGCGUCGGCCAUACGCUACCUCGAUCACUCACUGCCACACCAACGACCCCGCCGCCACAUUGAGUGCUCAACCCUCUUGUCCCCGCCAUGGGCAACUGCGUCUCGGCCCAAGACCGGGAGGCGCUCCAGCGCUCCCAGGAGAUCGACAAACAGAUCGAGGAGGACUCGCGGAAGUUCAAGAAGGAGUGCAAGAUCCUCCUGCUCGGCUCAGGCGAGUCGGGCAAGUCGACGAUCGUGAAGCAGAUGAAGAUCAUCCACCAGGACGGCUACACCAAGACCGAGCUCAUGACCUACCGCACGACCAUCUACCGCAACCUCCUCGAGUCCGCGCACAACAUCAUCCUCGCCAUGCGCAAGAUCGGCGUCGACUGCGUCCAGCCCGAGAACCGCGCCCGCACCGAGCGCAUCCUGGACUACGAGGUCUCCCCCGACGUGGCCUACUUCUUUGACGAGGACAUGGCCCGCGCGAUAUACGAGCUCUGGCAGGACCCGAUCAUCCCCACCAUCAUGGACCACAGUAGCGAGUUCUACCUCAUGGACAGCGCUAGCUAUUUCUUCACGGAGGCGCUACGGAUAGGCACGCGCGACUACGUCCCGACAGAAGCGGAUGUGUUGCGCGCACGACAGAAGAGCACCGGCAUUACAGAAACGCGCUUCACGCUCGGCCCGCUAUCAAUACACAUGUUUGACGUGGGCGGCCAGCGGUCGGAGCGGAAGAAGUGGAUACAUUGCUUCGAGAGCGUGACGAGCAUCAUCUUUUGCACUGCUCUCAGCGAGUACGAUCAGGUGCUCCUCGAGGAGCGGAAUCAGAACCGGAUGGCAGAGUCGCUAGUGCUGUUUGAUUCGGUGAUCAACUCGCGGUGGUUUCUCCGGACGUCCAUCAUCCUGUUUCUGAACAAAAUCGAUGUGUUCAAGAGCAAGCUGCCAAAGGUACCACUGGAAAAGUACUUCCCAGAGUACACGGGAGGGCCGGACAUCAACAAAGCAGCGAAAUAUAUCUUGUGGAGAUUCAUGCAGGCGAACCGUGCGCGGUUAAGCGUGUAUCCCCAUUUGACACAGGCGACGGAUACGGGUAAUAUCAGACUUGUCUUUGCAGCAGUGAAGGAGACAAUACUGCAGAAUGCCCUCAAGGAUUCGGGAAUCCUAUGACGGACGGAAAGUACUGUACACUUAUUUUUGGUUAUUCAUGGGUCCCAUCUGCAGUUUCUCCAUCUCCAUCCUCAUCUGUCGCUCAUGUAUGCACGCACACCAUCCGGACAUCUCAUCCAUCUCGUAAUCCACUGUCUACGCCUACACCUGUCACUACCUAUACGUCGCCUGCCGCUCUGCCAUCUCUGCGUCUCCCCUGUGCCAUCACUACCCUCACGACCACGACGUCCCUCUGCACCGUGCAUCCCCAGCCUCGCCUCUAGCUCCUCCACCUGCCCUCGUUCUCGGCG